CUCGACCGCCCCCCGGCGCGGCUUCGUCGUCGUCACUCGUGAGCCGCGUCAUUCCGUCCGUCGCGCGCGCACGCCCGUGCUCUCCUUAAAUUCCCCCGGCCCCGACGCCAUGCCCUCCGGAAUUAUACCACGGGCCGCUUGCUACUAGUUAUUGCGGGCAGGUAGCUCAGCGGUGACCACAGGCCACCACCGCCACCGAGCGACGACCAUGGCUUUGCCGUCGCGGGCGCGGCUCCUCCUCCUCCUCUGCUUCGUCGCCGCCGCGGCGCUGCUCGUCGCGCCGGGGGAGGUGUCCGCCACCGCCGCCGCCGCCGACGCCGGGGGGCACGGGAAGCGGCGCGGGCACAGCACGCACACGAGGCGCCUGCGGCCCGGGAAGGGCGCGGCGGCCGCGAAGCCGUACCCCGCGAACGCGGCGCGGGUGGAGGCGAUCGAGCGGCAGUUCGCGCGGUGGGUGCGGUCCAUGGGCGGCCACGGCCACAACAGCAGUAGCACCGCCUACAGCCGGGCGCUCAGCCGCGCGUCCCUGCCCGCGCGCACGCUCGUCGUCGACAAGAACCCGGGCGCCGGGAACUUCACGUCCAUCCAGGCCGCCGUGGACUCGCUCCCGCUCAUCAACCUCGCCCGCGUCGUCAUCAGGGUCAACGCCGGCACGUACACGGAGAAGGUGAGCAUCUCGCCGAUGCGCGCGUUCGUCACCGUGGAGGGCGCCGGCGCCGACAAGACGGUGGUGCAGUGGGGCGACACGGCGGACACGGCCGGGGCCUGGGGCAGGCCCAUGGGCACGUUCGGCUCCGCCACGUUCGCCGUCAACUCCAUGUUCUUCGUCGCCAAGAACAUUACCUUCAAGAACACGGCCCCCGUGCCGAGGCCCGGCGCCCUGGGCAAGCAGGGGGUGGCGCUGCGGAUAUCGGCGGACAGCGCGGCGUUCGUGGGGUGCAACUUCCUGGGCGCGCAGGACACGCUGUACGACCACCUCGGCCGCCACUACUACCGGGACUGCUACAUCGAGGGCUCCGUCGACUUCAUCUUUGGCAACGCGCUCUCCCUCUACGAGGGGUGCCAUGUGCACGCGAUCGCGCGGAACUACGGCGCGCUGACGGCGCAGAGCCGGCAGAGCCUGCUGGAGGACACGGGGUUCUCGUUCGUGAGCUGCCGGGUGACGGGGUCCGGCGCGCUCUACCUGGGCCGCGCCUGGGGCACCUUCUCCCGCGUCGUCUUCGCCUACACCUACAUGGACAACAUCAUCAUCCCGCGCGGCUGGUACAACUGGGGCGACCCGACGCGGGAGAUGACGGUGUUCUACGGGCAGUAUAAGUGCACGGGGCCGGGCGCGAACUACGCCGGCAGGGUGCAGUGGUCGCGGGAGCUCACCGACGACGAGGCCAAGCCCUUCAUCUCACUCGACUUCAUCGACGGCUUCGAGUGGCUCCGGCUGUAGAAUUCAUUGUUGACACACUACAUGACCUUAAUUAAUUUCUGUGAAGAAGAAGAAGAAAACAAAAAUAGAACGAAAAUACUGAUGCAAUUGUUUGAGCUGCGUAAGAUGAGAUUGGUGACUGAUGACUCGAUGAGGACUGCAGACAUUGCAGUGCAUCGAAAUCGAAUCAUCGCUGCAACUGGCAACUGGCAAGUGUUACCAUGGACUAUUGUGGGCUGAAAGGGCCCCAUAACUGGAACAGACUCUCGUUUACAAAGGGUUUAAUUUAUGAAUCUGGCCUGGCUUGGCCCAGGCCUAGCGCCAGGUUUGGUGCACGUUCCUGACGUGCGUGCGCAGCCAGUCAAGCGGGGGCCCAUCACUCCACUCGUUCCGAGCAUUCAUAUUUACAGUCACUGGGAAUAGCGAUUUUAUAGCUAACAUAAGCACUGCAAAAUGCACCUAUGCUAAUUAUUGAGUGAUUUCUUAAGUACUUUGGUGUCUAGCGCUAAUGAUCCGUGAAUAAAUUUUUUUAGUUUCUUCUUGGUUUAAAAGAAGGAUCAACGUGUAGUUUAUGUUUUAGAGUAUGGAUAUAGAGUUUUAUGAGUGCAGAUAGCAUAAA